AUGUCGGUGGCCGAGAUAAACAAGAAUGAGGUCGACAUUGUCAUUGGGGCUCUUAAUGCUGACCUGACGCAAUUCUUGAGCAGCUGGAGAACCUUCUUCUCCGGAUUUCAUCUGAUUGUUGUCAAGGAUCCUGAGCUCAAGGAGGAACUCAACAUACCAGAAGGCUUUGAUGUAGAUGUCUACACAAAGACUGACAUGGAAAAGGUUUUGGGAUCAACCAAUUCCACGAUGUUCUCUGGCUAUUCUUGCAGAUAUUUCGGUUAUCUUGUAUCUAAAAAGAAGUACAUUGUCUCAAUUGAUGAUGAUUGUGUCCCGGCUAAAGAUCCCCAGGGGUUCCUAGUGGAUGCUGUUUCUCAGCACGUGAUCAACCUCGAAACACCAGCCACACCUCUCUUCUUCAAUACCCUUUAUGAUCCUUAUUGCGAGGGAGCGGAUUUUGUCCGUGGAUACCCUUUCAGCCUCAGAAGUGGUGUCCCUUGUGCUGCAUCUUGUGGACUUUGGCUGAAUCUAGCUGAUCUUGAUGCUCCAACACAAGCUCUCAAGACAGAGCAAAGGAACACUUCUUAUGUUGAUGCGGUUAUGACUGUUCCAGCCAAGGCUAUGCUACCCAUCAGCGGAAUCAACAUCGCAUUUAACCGUGAAUUGGUGGGUCCAGCUUUGGUGCCUGCACUUAGAUUGGCUGGAGAAGGGAAAGUGAGAUGGGAAACACUUGAAGAUGUUUGGUGCGGGAUGUGUCUGAAACAUAUCUCUGAUCAUUUGGGUUAUGGUGUGAAAACUGGUAAGCCUUAUGUGUGGAGAAACGAGAGAGGAGAUGCAGUGGAGAGCUUGAGGAAGAAAUGGGAAGGAAUGAAGCUGAUGGAGAAAAGUGUUCCCUUUUUCGAGUCAUUGAAAUUGCCCGAGAGUGCGCUUAAAGUUGAAGAUUGUGUGAUUGAGCUUGCUAAAGCGGUGAAAGAGCAGUUGGGUUCAGAUGAUCCUGCAUUCACACAAGCUGCUGAUGCGAUGGUUAAGUGGAUCCAGCUCUGGAAUUCUGUUAACUCAAGCGGUUAA